UCGGCCAUCACAGAAAAAAAUUUUCAUCCGAGUGGAGUAGCAGCAAGGUUUUCUCGAAGUAUCGCUCUGCGUUUCUGUACCGCUAUACGAGCAUAAAAUUCAGCGCAAGAGCAUAACUGAGUCGAAAGAUCAGGCCGAGCUUGUUGAACUCUUUUUAUCCUGUGGCUUACAAUCGCCCACUGGAAGAGAAGUUGUCCAUCGUUCGCGCGAGCAAACGCGAGUCAAAUUCGAGUGUUUGUUGGUGGUGCGCCUCGGAGAAAAAGUGAAAAUCCUCGUUUGGGGUAAAACCCCUUAUAAUUCCCACAGACAUAAUUAUAAGUCGUCAAACAUAAGGAUUACGUUUGCUGAAUUGUAUUACGGAGCGUGAAUACUCGUAGUUUCACCCAAAUUCGCGGUACUGAAGCCGAGCGGAACUUUUUCUUCAUUUUUCUGCUGUUGUAGCCCUCUUGGCUGACGUUGUUGGAGAGACAUCUUGGGAAAGUAGAAAAAGAAGCAUAAAUAGUGCUCUGUGAUGCAGAGCAAAAAGAGCUACCAAGAGUAAGCUCUAAUUCGGGUGAUUUGCUCCCGGAGACCUUUAGAGCAGGAAAAUAAACUAUCCCGUAUUACAAUCGAACUAUUUCGGAAAUUUUCCGAAUUUGUGGUUUCAUUACUAGGUGGAUCAGUAAAAACGCAGAAAAUUAUAUAUAUUUUACGUGCUAGUGAGAGGCGUGAGUAUCGUUGUGGUGGUGUGAGCAGAAGCUCUAUUUUAGAGAGCCAUAGCGCAUGAGACGCAAGGAACGCAGAGAAGAAACGAGAGGUACUAAACGCGGAGUGAGUUUUAUCGUAGAACAAGUAACACGAAAAAGACGAAUAUUUCUAGUUAAGUAAAUAGCACCUGAAACGGCGGGAGUGAAGUGAGAAAGAUACGAUUAGUAGUUUCAAGAAAAACUAGUAACAGAGAACUAGUGAUACUUCGUGAGGGAAAAGAACAACGAAAAUGUCAUUACCGAUAAACUCUCUUUACUCCCUGACGUGGGGAGAUUACGGAACAUCGCUAGUAUCCGCCGUACAGUUGCUAAGAUGCCACGGAGAUUUGGUGGACGUAACACUGGCCGCUGGUGGUCGGAGUUUUCCGGCACACAAAAUAGUACUGUGUGCUGCCAGUCCGUUCUUGUUGGACUUGCUAAAGAACACCCCUUGCAAGCAUCCGGUCGUAAUGCUGGCCGGUGUGAAUGCUAACGAUCUGGAAGCGCUGCUCGAGUUCGUCUACCGCGGGGAAGUGAGUGUUGAUCACUCGCAGCUACCCUCGCUUUUGCAGGCGGCUCACUGUCUCAACAUUCAGGGACUGGCACCACAAACGGUUUCCCACAAGGACGAUAACACAACAUACACCACAUCAAUCCAGUUGCAUCCUACUCUGGUACCACAGAAUCAUGCUGUUAAGGCCGUCAUCGACGUUGGAAACAAUGUUUGCACGGAAGAUCUCAUCACAACAUUGACUCCCACGCAAACCGUUCAAGCCCAGGUUAUCGAAACAAUUACUCCGGAACAGAUGACCGAUGAAGUCACCAAGGAUGUGAUCAGUCAGUUUUUACCUACCCGUAAACGCAAGCAACGUACGAAGAAACCCUCCCAAUCGGGCGGCCAGAAUAUCACCGGAGUGCAGGCGACCGCAACCGUCACAGCUGGAGGAACCAACGCUGCUAAGGUCUUGAAAACGGACGAGGAAGGAACGAUCCAAACGAUCAUUGUAAAUAGUGCAGAAGAAGCCGCUAAUGUUGUGAAAGACAUUAAAAAAGAAGCGACAGCCGAUGGCGCCUCGGUUAUGGAAUCAAAGGACGGAAUCAUCAAAAUUAAAAAUAAAUCGCAAUCGGAACAACCAGCCACUUGUCCUAUUUGUCAGGCCGUUAUCCGUCAAUCGCGUAAUUUGCGUCGUCACUUGGAACUACGACAUUUUAAGAAACCAGGCAUGAAAAAGGAACGCGUCAAAAAGAACAAACAAGGCAAUGGACAGGCAAACACUAGCGGCACCAACGGCAGUGGAGCUGGAAAUACAACUGCAGAACAACAGGCACAUGCACAGCAACAGGCUCAACAACAGACGACCAUCGAAACGGCUGGAACGAUAUCGGUUACGGUUUCACAGGCACAGGCUCAGCAAAUCGAACAGGCAGCAGCAAACGGACAGCAACAUGUAGUGACCCAGCACGAAAACGCCGACGGCACCACUUCGCUCUCAAUUGCCCAGGUUCAGACGUUGGACGGACAUCAACUGGCGAUUGGAAAUUUGAAUCAGGCCACUCUAAUCCGUACUGGUGAAUCGAUUGAAGCAGGAAUUAUUGCAACCCACGAACCCACUCUUCGCCCGCAUACCGAGCUGUUCCGCGUCGGCAAUACCGUCUACACGAUAGAGGAACGUCGACCGGAUCAGCCGAAUCGUUUGACUUAGAACGAUGACGAAGACGUCGACAACGGGGGCGACGUGUACGAGAUUGUUGAGGGGGUCGAUUACGAUUGCAUCAUCGAUAGUGGCGUGGAUGUAGAAAUUGAGGAGGAAACCGGAGAGGGUAUUGUGGUGGAGGACGAAGAGGAAGUCAUCAUGGAGUCCGGAGGUGCUGGUGGCGGAGUUGAUACCAGCGGAGGUGUAAUUAUGGAUGCUACUAACGAUGAUGAGAAUGGUGAUUUAAACAGUGACGGGCAGCUCCGGCAACAACAUUCGCACCAUCAAGUAGGAACGCAAACGGGGGAAACCACAAUUGUCACCGUCACUACAGCUGGCGGUAACAUUGCCAAUGGUAAUCGUAAUUCGAUCUCCACCAACAGAAACAGUAGUACUAGAGCAAGUAACACCGCCGACGGAGAUUUGGCGUCGUCCUACAAGCACUUUUUUAUUCUUUAAUUUGCUAAACAAAAGCAGCAGUAGGCACUACUGCCCGGAAACAAAGUGAGAAAAAAACACGUUUUUUCCAAAUUUACUAAAAUGAAAUGCUAAGAUGAAACUGAGUGAAAAAAAUGUAAAUACUAAUUUGCAUUGGGACGUGUCGAGAAUGGUUUGUUUACGAACGAACGCAAGAACAUUCGGACAUAUGAAAUAUAAAAUACGUCAAGCAGGAUGAGUAAUUGGUUGUUGACAAUGAGGGAACUUGUUUUAGUAAAAUUUUAGCGAAUCGCAAAAUAAAAGUUAAUCAAUUUCACACAGCUAAGGUUAGGUUUUUCACAAUGACGUUUAUUUUUAAAACAGAUACUAGAAUGAUUCAUAUUUCAUAUGCAAAUAUAUUUUAUUGCUUUGUAAAUAGCUACUUAUUGGACAAAAAGUAACGAUUAUAAAUAUGAAUAAACAAUAAACGUAAAACAGUAAAACAAUAUUACAGAGAUCUUUACCAUAAACGAAAAUGGAAGUAAAUUCUUUCACCUGGCAGAAAAGCGUUAGAACACAGUGCAAAAUCAACGAAUGAACGUGUUGUAUGAAUAAUGUUUUACUAAGAAUGAACGAAACGUAAAUCUCAUUGGGUCAUCCUGCUUUUUUGACAUGUUUUUGAUUAGUUUUUAUUAUUAUUGCCUUGCAAUGUUCUCAGAAUCAACAAUUGGGAAACCAACCUGCUAGAUAAUGUCUUUUACCGAAGAUCAAAUUCCAGCAGUCUUUUUUAGCAGCUGUUCGAAUCAUUUCCAUUAUAGCGGAAUUACGGAGUACUAUUCAAAGUGACAGAUAACGAACAACGCUCAAAUUGUAACAUAUUCCUGGAAAGAGAUUGAAAAGUGCACACCUUUGGAUACUCGUUCCAUUCAAUAAUUAAUUAUUUUGAUUAUCAUUUACAACUACACUGCCCACAUCGCAAAAAUGAACAGAUGUGUUGCAACAUUAAAAAGUAAAAAUUGGACUAUCAUUGCGUUUUAAUGUAAAUAACGCAAAACAAAAGAAAAUAGUAGGUUCUAAUCUGUUAAUUUGCCAAAGGAGUGUACACUUGAAUUUCUACACUGGUUUUUAAUAUAGGUUUUCUUCAACAUCAAUAGCGUGAGAAAACAAUAGUGGAUCAGCAAAAAAAAUCUUCAAACGGUAGCAUUUUCAACCGUAUAUAGUUUAUCUUGAGACGGUGUGUGUGUUCUAAUUGUGAAAUAGAUAAUGUACAACACGUUUGUAAGUUAUUGUACUUGAAACCAUUUUAAAUAAUAAAUUUAAAAAAUACACCGAAUGAAAAAAGUAAUUUAUAUUAUUCAGCACAUAAACGUUAAUUGGUGGAGCAAACAAGUUUAAUGAUUUAAGUGUGAGAGUGCGUCAUCAAUAGUUCGUAAGAGUUCAAUAAAAAGAAAAAACGAAAAUGACCGUAACUAUACAAUUUUAGCAUAUACAUACAACAUUUAGUUGGUAAGUACAUUUCUUUUUUAACACUAGCAAUUAAUGACCACAAAAGAUUUUUUCCUCCGAUUAAACAUAAACGAGAAUGAAGAAAAAUUAAGAUGCUGCUCUACUUUUUACAAAGAGCGUGUAAGGAAUUGCUGGUAGCGGCAAAUAAACAAAAAAAAGUGUAAUAUUUAGCAUAAAGUGUGUUGCAGAAAGGAGUCCGUUUUCGAAAUCAAAAUUAGAACAAAAGUACAACCGAAACGAAAUCACAGAAAGUCAUGAAUCCAUGUUCGAACGUUCGAAACUACUUAUUGGAAAAAAUUAACAAGGCGAUACAUUCGAAGAAACUUAAUGAAAUUGUAACUUGUUAACGUGUGUUUGUAGUUCUUUUUUUCUUUGUUCUCGUCACUAAAGUGUGCAUUUAUGGUAAGCUCCGAUAGACCCCAUCAGCUUACGUCACUACAAACAAAAAACUUACCGUUUGAACAAUUUUUGUAACAAUUUAGAGAAUAAUAAAUCCAUGUAAUCGAUGGUUCAUUAUCUUCGUACUGUCACAUAAAUCUAAUGAGCAACGCUAAUUUCAUCUUAUCGUAGAAAAGAGGACUCACCAACGUAAAAUCAUCGGAUACAUAAUGUAUAGGUAGAUUGUAUCGUGCAUCUCACACUUUCCAUUCAUAAUUCGAUAAAUUAUUAUCAAUAUGAUGUUUAAACGAUAUGGUAAAAGAAAAACAACUCCACCACACAGUAGCAAAUCAUAUCCGGAUCGACAAAGUGGAUUGAAUUUAUGGAAGCAAGUGACAGAGGAUAUGAAUCAAAUUUAAAUCUAAAAGUAAAAGUUUUUCCAACUCGAAAAACAAAACUAGACAUACAUGUGUGUACAUACAAAUAAAAAUAAAGUGAAAAACAAUGUCAAA